AUGGCGAUUCCCUCAACCCAUUUCCUCCCCCACAUUCUGAUCCUCUGCACUCUGCUUCAUUGGGGCUCCUCUGCCGCCAGAACCCUAAAUCCCGCCGACCAAUCCGCCGACGGCGGCGACAAUUUGGCAUUUCAGUACCACAACGGCGCUCUCCUCACUGGGAAAAUCUCCGUCAAUCUAAUCUGGUACGGCAAAUUCAAGCCCUCCCAGCGCGCCAUCGUCUCCGAUUUCGUCGCUUCCCUCUCCUCCCCUGCAUCCAAGCAGCAGCCAUCCAAGCAGCAGCCUACCGUCGGGAACUGGUGGAAAUCCACUGAGAAAUACUACCACCUCAUCAAAUCCUCCAACAAACACUCUCUCUCGCUGUCAUUGAGCAACCAGAUCCUCGACGAGGGUUACUCAUUGGGGAAAUCCCUUUCCUCCAAGCAAAUCGUUCGAUUGGCGUCAAAGGGCGCCCAAUCCAACGCCGUCAACGUAGUCCUGACUUCCUCCGACGUCGCCGUGGAAGGGUUCUGUUCCAGCAAGUGCGGAACCCACGGGUCUUCUAUUAGCACUGCUUCUGCCCACAUAUGGGUCGGGAAUUCGGAGAAGCAGUGUCCAGGGCAAUGCGCGUGGCCGUUCCACCAGCCGAUCUACGGCCCGCAGUCACUUCCUCUGGUUUCACCGAACAACGACGUCGGAAUGGACGGGAUCAUCAUCAAUCUGGCUAGUUUGUUGGCGGGAACCGCGACGAAUCCGUUUGGGAAUGGGUACUUCCAGGGCCCCAAAGAGGCGCCAUUGGAGGCUGCAUCGGCUUGUACUGGUGUUUAUGGAAAGGGAGCUUACCCUGGCUACGCUGGGGAGCUCUUGCUGGAUUCCACCACCGGGGCGAGCUACAAUGCGAAUGGAGUGAACGGCAGGAAGUUCCUGCUACCUGCUCUGUUUGACCCUGCUUCCUCGGCUUGUUCUACUCUUGUCUGAUUGUAAUUGUAUUAGCAAGUUUUGAGAGAUUAAUUGAUUCUUUGAUUCAUUGUAAGAGACAAGAUCAUGUAUAAUGAGAAUAUAUCACGAACGAUUAUAGAAAACACUUGUUGUUAUUGUGGAGUGAUGAUUUGGUGGCUCUCUAGUUAUGACGUUCCUUUACUUCUUGCUGAUAUAAUACUGGGAUACCAAUCAUGGCCUAGAGCAUAGAGCUGCUACCAUGAAGAAACGAGGAGCUAUGAUCAUGAUCAAUGAAGGCAAAACUUUGAAAUCUCUGAGUUAUGAUAAAGCAUGUUCAUACAAGGUCUUGCUUUCAUGUGACUUGAGUCGAGGUGGGGUGAAAAUCAUAUAUCUU